UCUUUAGAGGCUUCUGGCCCCUGCUGUAGGCUUUCCAGGAGCUGAUUCUAGAGCUGAGCACGGAGUUAUUGGAAAGAGCAUAAGGGUAAGGAAGCUGAGUGAAGGGAGGGCACAAGGAGUGGGGCCUGUUGGGCUCAGUAGAGGAUGGGAUGAGCCCAACCUAGAUAGAAAUUCAGACACAGCACCUGCGGUAAUUAGAGAUGGGAGCUCUCUGAAAUGUUCUAAAGUCAGGACUCUACCUUUCAUCUGAGCACUUCCUACCACACGAGCUGCAUCCCAACCAAAAAGACACCCCCAAAAAGACUGUCCCCAGCCAGGUCUUCUAGUUGGCCACAUUCAUCCUGCAUGGACCAGCUGUGUUCUCCUGCCAUGAUCCCUUGAACAAGGUCUGAACUAGCCAAGGAGGCCCCAGUUGGUACCAUGGCUUCUGCCGAGCCCCUGACAGCGCUAUCCCGCUGGUACCUAUAUGCUAUCCAUGGCUACUUCUGCGAGGUGAUGUUCACAGCAGCCUGGGAGUUCGUGGUGAAUUUUAACUGGAAGUUCCCAGGAGUCACGAGCGUGUGGGCCCUCUUCAUCUAUGGCACCUCCAUCCUGAUCGUGGAGCGCAUGUACCUGCGCCUGCGAGGCCGCUGUCCUCUUCUGGUGCGCUGCGUCAUCUACACUCUCUGGACUUACCUGUGGGAGUUUACUACCGGCUUUAUCCUACGCCAGUUCAACGCCUGUCCCUGGGACUACUCCCAGUUCGACUUUGAUUUCAUGGGCCUCAUUACCCUGGAGUAUGCUGUGCCCUGGUUCUGUGGGGCCCUCAUCAUGGAGCAGUUUAUCAUCCGCAACACCCUCCGCCUGCGCUUUGACAAAGACGCAGAGCCCGGGGAGCCUGCUAGCCCGCCAGCUCUGGCCAAUGGCCACGUCAAGACCGACUGAGUCAGAAGAUGAAUGUGAGGACCUGAAGUCUCGUAGGAACCCAUGAACAGAGAAGAGACCAAGCUGGUGGGGUUACCCUUUGGUUCAGCACAAGCCCUGCCCCCAACUGGGUCUUAGCCCACUAGGGCAAACAUAACCACACAUGGUGGGCAGUGGGAUGGUGUUGGGGAAUUGGGUGUCUAGACAACAGAAGGACUUUGAGACUUGUCCAUGGCUGGGUGAUGAACAAUUGGACUCUGAUGGAUGACUUUGGAAGCAGCAGACCUGUCCUAGCUAAGGGACAUGAACUCUGGGGCCACAGGUGGGAGGCAAGGACUGAGAAGGCUUUGGCUGCUGUUGGGCCCACGCCCCACCUGACCCCCUGGCUUCAGCUGGGCUUUGGCUGGUUCCAUUAGGCAGUAUUCAGGUGCUUGCUUGCAACCAAUACCUCCCCAGGGGCCUCUGAGCUGCAGCCUGAGAGAGACCCAGUAGCCAGUUGGGCUGCUUGGUGACACUGGUGUUGUGCAAAGGCUGGGAAAAUUUCCUUUGGCUCCUCUCCCUCUCCCAGGGCCCCACGCUGCUUCCUUGGCCCCUGGGGGCCCCUGUGGUGCUGGAUUCCCACCAACCUUGGGCUUUUGGAGGUUUCAAUCCCGUGUGUUCGGUGGCGUUUCCCCUUUCUCUUAUGUUCAAGACAUAUACCAUUAGCAGGCAGCCCUUUCCUCUGUGUCAGUCACCAUGCCCUCCCCCUCUCCCAGCUCCCUAUAGAACACAGCAGUGGCCAGAGGCACAGCUCUGAAAUGGACUCCACUUGCCUUGCGGCAGCCUUCCCUCCACCUUCAUCUGAUGACUGGGGGUACCCUGUCUCCCUGGCCCAGGGAUGGUAGUCUGGUACCCCUUCCCUGCAGAGGUCCUACUGAAAAUGCAUAGUAUCCCCACAAUGGAUAGUGAGGCCCAGAGGUGUGCGGUGGAUCCACAGUGGGAAAAAAAAAAGACAAGAGUUCUUGUACCUGUUUGCCCAUACUGGUUUAUUAUUUCAGCCAGUUAGCCAGUAUGGCUUCCUGUGAGUUAGAGGAGACCCAUAGAGAACAAGACAGAUACGAAAGACCAUGGAAGUCUCUUUAAAUGCCUUUUCCUGGAAAAAAAGAUAAUUUCCACCAUAGUCUCAGCUCAGCAGUCAACCCUCGGGGCUGCUCUUCCUACAACUCCCCCUGGCCAGCUGACCCCGUAAACUUGUUUCUCAGACAGUGUUAACCCUGUCUCACUCAUGGGCCUUGUCAACUUGGCUAUCAUAACUUUACUCUAUGAUGGGUCCAUUGCUGGCAGUGGACAGGUGAAAUCUAGGCCCCUUCUGAUUGUGUCCCUCACUCUUUGAGAAGAUGGGAUCAUCAAAUACUGUAGCAUCCCAUGAGGCCAUCCUGGGACUCUCAAAGGUUGAAAUCAGCUCUUAUUUCUUAUAGAACAUUUUUUAAAUGACCGGACCACCUGUGUGUAGUCUCUGGACCAUACAGACAGCACCAGGCCAGGGCCAGCAGCAGGGCUAUCCUAGGCUGUGGGAAAAGACUUGGAGAUACAACCUUCUGUGGCAUCUUUUCCCAGAGUUUUCUCUGUCUAGGGUAGAAUGCAAAGUGUUUCCCUGGGUAGGCUUCUCAAAUCACCAAACACUAUUCUGUUGUGGGGUUGCGGGGAGCACUUAUUAUAUCCCUAAUCCCAGGGAUUUCUGGGAGGGAUUCAGGCUUCCAAUGGGAAUGGUUGUUUUCCACCUACAAAUGGAGAAGAUUCCUAAUUUUCUCCAAUUCCAUAUUAUCUUAAUUACCUGAAUCCUAACGCCUCUCCAGGCCACCUCACACCUGUCUUCACAACUGAUCUAUUGGCUUGCUGACGUGUCCCAGCAUUGAGACUCCAAUUCUCAACCAGAAAAGGCCACUGGAUGACCCCUAGGUCUCAGUGUUCCAGAUAUUGUCUUGCAGACAUCCCCUAGUACCUUUUUUUUUUUCUCAAAGCUCUAUUAAUCCCAUGUCAGGAGGGCUUCCCAGAGUGGAUCUGCAUUCCUGACAAUACUCUGUGGCCUUGUGGUCUGCUUUCCUUGGUCCCUUGUUAUCCUAGGACCCUCACAGCACAGAACCCCCAGCCAGGGGAGGCCACACCUUAAGGCCUGACCACAGACCUGCAGGGUCAGAUCUCACCGAGUGUACUCUAGACUUCAGCUCUUGCUUAUUGGCUCCCUUCAGGGCUCCAACCCCUUAGUGCUUAGGGGCUCGCACACAGGUUGGGAUAAGUAAGCCCUUCUGAGCAGUGGGGAGUCUGCUGGCUGUUUAUGGAGCCUCCCUCUGAUGUUCUGAGCCCAAGGUAGGAGUUUCAGAUAGUAAGUAUGCUGCCCUGCAUGGUUGAGUUGCUUUGGAUGUCUGCUAGGCUUCCAGUCCCCUGUCCCCUCCUCAUGCCAGAGAGUCACAAUGACCUGUGCUUAUUCACAGCAAUAAUAUAUAGGGAGCGUCUGUGAGUCCCCUUUGUCCUGGACCAUUACUCUUCAUGGAUCUCCCAGGAGACUCUGCAUGGGUCAGUUCAUGUGAGAAUCUAUUUAUGAAGCUCUGGGCUGUGCAAAACAUCACAGGAGGCAAGUGAGAGGCCCAGCCCUGAACUAUGAGUAAGGCAGUGGGCGUGCCUUCCACCCUGAAGCCACCCUUACCUGAGAAGCCGUAGGCCCCAGCUUUGUAACAUGGCCUAUGAAGUGGAUAGGACUGUCUUCCAACUGGACAGCUCUUGAAAAAGGCACAUGACGAGUUUGUGAGCCCGUUGCCUGCUAUGUCUCCGUUAGUCUGUCUCUCCCUUUUCAUAACUGUGCACAUAAAAUAUACUGGUGUUUGUGUUCCCGGA